UCGUGAAAAGAGCGACACCACCGCAGAUUUGAGCAACCACACAAAACGCAAAUAUGGCGUCCGCUAGCUGUUGUUGUGCUGUCGUGUGCUUUUGUAACUAAAACUCCGUUUUGACAUCACUUUCAUCAUAAUCUGAAUAAAAAUAAUAAUAAUAUAAAAAACAACAAAAAAUAUGAUAUAAAAAUAAAAAAACACCAUCGAAAACGAAUCAAAAAAUAAUACAAACAAAUAUAAAACGCAAAUAAUUGAAAGUUACAGCAAAAAUACAUAAAAAAAAAUCAACAACAACAUAGCUCAAAAGGAAAAGUCAAAGCAAAAACUUUUUAAGUUUUUUGGACUCUUCUUUGUUUUUGUUUCGUUUGCUUUGCAAAGAAAAAACACACACAAAUCGGAAAAACGAGAAUUUUUACGCCGCCCGUCGGUGUGAGCGAGAUAGACAGACAGAGAGAGAGAGGGAGAAAAAGCGACUGCGCAAAUAAAAAAUAAAAAACAAACAAACAAAAAAAAAACAAGCCAAGCUUGAAACGAAGACUUUCAAAUAAAAAAACAACAACAAAACCAACAACAACAACAAACCAAACAAAUUGAAACGCUGUGAAAUUAACUCGUCAAUACUCAAAAGCACCAACAAAUAAAUAAAUAAAAGAAAAGCAAAAGCAAACUACGGAGGAGCAAGUAAAGCGGAGUUCAAAAAGAAAACGGCAAAAGCACUGAAAACAAAAAAGCAACGGAAAACUAACGGGAAAAACAAAGCCAACGGCGCUGCGGCGUUCGAACUCUCGAAUAAAAAAACAAAAAAUAAAACCGAAAAAAAAUACACUUUGAAAAACGCUAAAUCAAUCCCAAAAUUCCUCAUUAUUUUUCCUGAAAAGCUUUAAUUUAAUUACGAAUUUUUUGUUGUUAAGUCAAAGUGAAUUCAAUUUGCUAAUUAAUUUAAAUUAAGACAAAACAACAACAGCAACCGAGCUACAAAAGCAGCAGCAACAACAAACAACAACAACCAACCAACAACAAACAACUGAAUUAAUGUUUUAAAGUACAAAAUAACCGGGAGUAAAUCAACAACAAAUAAUUUAAACAUAUUAAAAACGAUUUAAUUUAAAACGCAACAUCAAUCUAAAUUAUUUAACUACAAAAAACAAACACUGCUAGUAUCUAAGUCGAAAAAUAAAAACUUGGAAAAGCCCAAAAGGGCGAAAAGGAAGUGAGAGGCAGAGCGAUAAACGGAGGAAGCAGCAGGGAGAGCAGAAUAAAACCGAUUAAGCAACAAUUGUGCCGCAAAAAGUGUGAAUAAAAAUAAUAUAUACUACAAAUAUAACGGUAACAAUAAAGAAAACAUUUAAAACCAAAAAUCUACAAGAAUUCUAUAAGUUUUAAGUCACGUUUUACACAGACCUACAACAACAACACCAGCAAUUUAACUUAGCCAAUAAAUAAAAAAAUAUAUAUUAGUGAAGAAAAAACGGAUUAAGAAUAAAGUAUAUAUAGAAAACGCAUAACAAACUCAAAAACUGCGGCCUUGCGCCAAAGAAACAGUUUUUAUUUUUUCCAAUAAAACAUUGUUUUUUACUAGUUUUCAAUUCAGUUUUUUUUAUAAGUGUACCUAGUGAGAAAUGUUAAAAGUCUAAAACAGCAAAAGCAACUGCAACAAACGGAAGUAAAACGGAGAAAGAAAAACAAAACAAAUUCAAAGAAAGAUUUAACAACUCUGUGAUAAUUACUGUAAAUUUAUAAAUUUAAAUAAACAAAAAAAGAAAAAACGCAAAGGAAAACCACAAAAAAAAUCUCUAAUGGAAUGAAAGGCAAAACCCGUAAUUUUUAACAAUAGGCGAAGAAGAAGGAGCGAAGAGGAAGCUGAGAACAGAAAAACAUCUUAAACCAACAACAACAACUUUACACUUAAGAGCAAAUGCAAAUGAAAAGAUAAAAAACAUUGAAACAAAUUCGUGAUAUCUUAAAGGACUUCGAUACAUAUAUACUAUAGUAUAUUAUAUAUUAUAUUAUAUAAACUAUUAAACUAAGCUUAAAUCUAGUGAGCGAGAACAGAGAAAACAAAACAAAACAGAGGAAUAAGUGAAAAAUAACAAAACCAACCAACACAAAGCAAAAAUAAAAACCCUAGGUUAUAAAAAGACUUCAAAACGCAUUCAAAAAUAUAUAUAUUUAAACAAAACAAAACAAAACAAAAUAAAUCGUAGGCUUAAAGUUCAACAUAGUAAAUGAGCGAGGAUAACUCCACAUAACGGGUGUCCUAUAUCUAUUAUAUAUAAAAACAAAAGAAAACCUUAAACUCAUAAUUUUUGCUUAGUGAAUAGUAAAUGAAACAGCAAUAAAACAUCAACCGCAACAACAAACAAAUUAUACAAAUCGUGCAACCGAAAAGUAAUAGCAACGUACAGCGAAACAAAAUAGGAAAUCGACACUGAGAGAGAGGAACCGGAAACGGAAGUCCCGAGAAGAAGAAGAAGCAGCAGGAGAAGAAGAAGAAGGAGAUUCGAACCUCGUCCCCAAAAAUCAUCGUUGUACUAAGGGUAUUCGAAAGUAAAUUAAAAAUAAAUCACUACUACUUCCUAUAAACCACAACGAUUGCCUACAAAAUAUAUAUUAUAUAUAUGUAUACUAUAUAGAAAACAAAAAACAAUAUAAUCAAGCAAAACACAAAUUAUUCAAAUAUCAAACAAAAGCUAAUCUAACCCAAAAGUAAAAAGUAUUCCCAGUGUAUUUUUCUAGUAAAACUAAAGUAAAAAUAUAAAAAAAAUCAACCAAAAUCAUUUCAAAAAAUGCAAUAAUUCAAUGAUAAUUCAAAACUUGAACAAAAAUAAACAAAAAACACCAACGGCAGCAGCUGGUAUGCAUUUUCAUCGUAAAACAACAAUAUUUUGAAUACACAAAACAAGCAAAUAUAUAUAAAAAAAAAACUUUAGAAAAAAAACCUACAACAGACCCAGGAAGGAACUUCAAACUACCAAAACAAACCAACAACGUUACAAUAUUUGUCGGCAUUUUUUACAAGAAAAAAAACACACAACAACAAGGAACACAAAAACAAACCAACAACAGCAAAGGAAAGCUAAGAAAAACAACCAUUUUUUGCGGGGCAUGCCCUCAAGAAAAGAAAAAAUUUUUUAUUAACUUCGAAGACAAGGAAUUUCAGUGCCUCUUGUGCCAGUGUUUAGCCAAAAUAUAUAUACACAAAAAACAAAACAAACAAUUUAAAAACAAAAUACGUAUUUAUUGCUUAGUUUUUUCUCUUUGAUAUAAAAAACACAAAAAAGUAAAAAAAAAAAAAAAAUAAAACCUAAAAAUACCCCUAAAGAGAAAACUAAAAAUAGAUCCAUAAAACUGUUUUCGGUAAUUUUUCGCGCUUUCUUCAACUUCAACUCUCGUUCCAAUCGUUCUCGUCAUACGCAUCCAUUAUCGGUUUACCGGGUUUGGAUUAACUGACCAUACAAUACCAACAACAUCGCAAUCACCAUCGCCAAGAACCAGUCUCCAAUUUGCUAGUCCUUAUCAGCAUUUUUCUUUGUUUGCUAAUAUCCAAUCAAUCAAUCCAACAUGAAUACCCAAUCGAAGGUGUACCGCACCGGCGAAGAAAUCUAUGACAACUUGCCAUGCGAUGGUUAUUUCAACAUGAAUGCCAUUCGCAAUUUGGGAAUUCCCACUACAUUUCCGACCAUUGGAACCUUUACGCUUGACUCGACUACGCUGGGAUUGCAGCCGCAAGGUCAGGGACCGUCGCCCCAGCAGCAUCAACAGCAGCAGCAGCAGCAGCAGAAUAUGCAUCAUCACCAACAGCAGCAGCAGCAGCAACACCAACAGCAGCAGCAGCAGCAGCAGCAUAUGCAACAGCAGCAGCAACAACAUCAGCAGCAGCAGCAACAUCAGCAGCAGCAACAACAUCAACAGCAGCAGCAACAUCAACAGCAGCAGCAGCAGCAACAUCAAAGCAUUGGAAUGUUUGAUGCCAAUGAGGUUAACGACGUCAUCCAGAAUCCUCCUCAGAUCGGUGUAUUCCAAUCUAACAGCGUUUUGACCAACGGAGCUGGGAGUUCCUCUUCAAUCUUUGGUUCCCAGUCCAGCAAUUCUUCGGCCGCAGCUGCUGAUCCCAGCCAGACCACCCGGGAAACUGGCAUCAUCGAGAAGCUGCUGCACUCCUAUGGAUUCAUUCAGUGCUGCGAGCGGCAGGCGCGACUCUUCUUUCAUUUCUCGCAAUUCAGCGGUAAUAUUGAUCAUUUGAAAAUCGGAGAUCCCGUGGAGUUUGAGAUGACCUAUGAUCGCCGUACCGGCAAGCCGAUAGCUAGUCAAGUGUCUAAAAUAGCCCCUGAGGUUGUGCUUUCUGAGGAGCGUGUCACCGGCACGGUGACCACCGAGCUGCGCACGGAUAGCGCCAACAAUGUGCUCAACUCCAGCGAGACCACCGGUCGCAUAAGCUAUGAGAACCGAGGCGAAUGCUUCUUCUUACCCUAUACCAAAGACGAUGUGGAGGGCAAUGUCAACUUGCGCGCUGGCGACAAGGUCAGCUUUCAAAUCGCAACGAACCAAAGAGGUAACCUAGGCGCCUGCCAUAUUCGCCUAGAGAAUCCGGCCCAGCCGGUCAAGUAUCGAGGCGUGGUCUGUUCGAUGAAGGAGUCGUUCGGCUUCAUCGAACGCGCCGAUGUGGUCAAGGAGAUAUUCUUCCACUUCUCGGAGGCCGAGGGCAAUGUGGAGCUGCGUCCCGGUGAUGAUGUCGAGUUCACCAUCCAGACGCGGAGCGUAAGUGGCAGCGGCGAUCCGACCAACCCCAACCUCCUUCAAUCAAAAAUGCAGUCUGCAUCUGUGCCUCCGCAGGGCCGUGAAUUUGCGUGCAACAUCACGCGCCUAGCACCGGGAUCGGUUAUCUUCGAGGACGUGGACAGCACGGUGUAUAAGGGCCAGGUGCUCAAGUCCCUUGAUCGCAACAAUCCGGUGCGCCAGAACAAUGAUCCCUUGCCCGGUCGCAUCCGUUACAGGGCUUUGGAUUACUCCGAGGUGGAGGUACCGUUUGGGGACAAGGACCAGAAAGGUGAUUUCACCCUGCGUCAUGGUGAUUGGGUUCAGUUUCUACUCGCCACCGAUCGGCGUGAUCAAUUGCAGCGGGCCACCUCGAUUGCCCUGUUGGACGAGACCUUCAAGGUGUCCGGCGAGAAAAGAGAGCAGGGAACUAUUGCCUCACUGAAGGAGGGCUUCGGCUUCCUGCGCUGCGUAGAGCGUCAGGCACGUCUAUUUUUCCACUUUACUGAAGUUUUAGAUACGAGCCGCGAAAUCGAUGUCAACGAUGAGGUGGAAUUCACUGUCAUUCAGGAGCCUGGAUUGGCCUAUAAUAACUCGCGUUUGCAGGCCAUACGCAUUAAACACUUGCCGCCCAACUCAGUGCAAUUCGAAACUUUAAUGGCCAGCAACAUAGAGGGUUGCGUAACACGAGAGGCGCCCAAGAGCCCAAUUAAAUCUCAAGAUCGCGUUGAGGGCGGCGUUAUUACCUACGAGCAUGCCGAUGUUAAAAAGACUAUAAUGUAUUUUCUUAAAGACUGCGAAAAACCACCAAGGAUUGGGGAGCGAGUACGCUUCGAUAUUUACAUGGUCAAACGUAACAAGGAGUGUAUAGCUGUCAACGUACAGCAAGUUUCGCUGCAGCAACAGCAACAACAACAACAGCAACAACAGUUGCUUCUUAACCAGCCGAAUGCUGGAGGAAACGUCAACCAGAAUGACCAGCUUUCUGGAUUGUCGAAUGGAAUCAGUAGCAGCAGCUCGAACACCUCGCUGCAGAAUGGCUAUGUCAUGCACGGCAGCCCCGGUGGCAGCACCAGCAGCGUGGGCAGCAACAAUCCGGGCCACCUGGACGAUUUCAAGCUGGAGAACAACAAUCAUGCCGGAUCCGAGUCCGGUCAGGUGUACCGUGGCUUCAUAGCCGUUAUGAAGGAGAAUUUUGGAUUCAUUGAGACUUUGUCCCACGACGAGGAGGUCUUCUUUCACUUCAGCAACUAUCUGGGCAACCCCAACUGGUUGGAGUUGGGUCAGGAGGUGGAGUACACUCUUGCUCGCAACGGAAAUACCUCCGUUUCUGGAAACUGCCUGCCGGCGGAGAAUGUUCGCAUGCUGCCCAAGAACUCUAUUCCUCAGCCGGCUGUGCUGGAAACCACGCACAAUGGCGUGGUGGCUCGUCCGCUGCGCUGCAUCAAUCCCGACCAGCAGGAGUACGCCGGUCUCAUUGAAAUUCUCGACGAGCUGCGCACCACUGUCAUUUCGCAACACGAGUUCGGGAUCACCAGUCUGGUGAACAAGAGGGAUCUGCUCCAGAAGGGCGAUCUUGUUAGCUUCCGCAUUGAUGAGAGCGGUCGGGCAGCGAACGUGAAUGCCGUCAGGCAAAAGAAACGCGCCACUGUGGACUCCAUUAAGGGGCAGUUUGGUUUUCUCAAUUUUGAGGUGGAGGAUGGCAAGAAGUUGUUCUUCCACAUGUCUGAGGUGCAGGGCAAUACUGUCGCUCUACAUCCAGGGGACACCGUGGAGUUCUCCGUGGUCACUAAUCAGCGCAAUGGAAAGUCUUCGGCUUGCAAUGUUUUGAAAAUAAACGAUCGUCCGGAUCGUCUGAUCUCGCGCCUCAAGCUCAACGGCGAUGACACUGUGCCGCGCCUAAUCCUCAUUCGUGCACCAAAGGGACCGCAGGGCAAAGGCUUUUCUGUUCUAGCGCGUCAUCCACGCAUUCCAGGCAACUUGGUGGAGUAGAUUGCUGAAAAUGUUGCAUUAGCAAGACAGGAUAUUAGAUGCACAUCAAAGACACUUACCUACAGCUAUAUAUAUUCUUGUACGCAAGCCAUAAGCGAGCAGGCUACCAAUCAACCAACUAACAGCAACGUGAACUUGUCGCCCUAACCAUAUACACACAUUUAUAACGAAUAUAAUCCCUAGAAGCAAGCAAACACUAUUGGAAACGAUCGUAAUUGAUAAUAAUUGAUAGCAAAGGCAUACAUUUAAUAUUUACGAAACUACUUAACGGCAACUCAACAAGAGAACUCUUCGUGUCUGAAAUCGAAACUUAUUUGUAAUAUUACCAACUAACCCCUCCACCAUUGAAACGCUUUGUUUUCAACUAGACGCAACCGUGAUCCACGUUGUGGCCAGUUUAAAGCAAAAUGAAAUUGAAAUCCAAGUGUCUGAGAGAUGAAACCAAAACGUUUGUAUACGUAUACUAUUUUCUACUAGUUUGCUCUAAUUUUAACUAAUUAAAAACCAAUGCGAAAAACAAAGCAAAGUGAGAAGAAGGAAAUAAGCAACUUACGGGGCUUUCACAAAAAUUACUACAGUUUUGAAAUCGCUUUUAAACGUUAUUUUAGAUGUCUAAAACAGCGAUCGGCACGUAAUACAAUGACAUUUUGUCUUUUAUUUGUGUGAGUAAUUUGCACGGAGCAGCUUAUCGAUGUGUGUGUGCCGACCUCUGUUGUAUACUGUUUGUGAGGCGGCAGAAAACGAACAGAGCUAUUCCCUAUGCCCACUUAUUGGGAAGCUGCCGACCGCUGGUCUAAAAGUAUAGACGUUUUUCUGAACGAAUUCAUUGUACCUAAAAUUUGAUUUAAAAGUGAUUUCAAAACCCUAGUGAUUUUUGAUGCACCCCAGAUAAUCUAUGAAGUAUUUAUUCUAGAAUGGCAACGAAAUCCUUGCAUAAUUGCGAUAGAAAUUGUAUAAAUCAACACUCUCUAAAUACAUUUAUAUAUGGAUGCUUCUACUGUAUCUUGCUCUACUCGUAUUCUUUCGUACUUCUCGAAAACUGUUCUUUCACUGCUUUCAAUCUUACUGUUAACGAAUUAUAUUUAUUGAAUAAUUAUUGUACUGCGGCGGCAACAGUUAUGUAGAUCAACAACCGCAGCAGCAACAUCAAACAACAAAUCAAUCAAUGAAGUGAAGGAAGAAGAAAGUAUUUAUAUCUACAAGUACAUAUAUAUUUUACAUAUUCAUUAACGUAAUAAUAUUAAUUAUCAUUUCCUUUGAUUUGAUCUUUGCUUGUGAACACACACCAAGUUGUUUCGCCAAUUCUUUUGUUGCAUUCAGACGGUUGCAUUAACUUAUUACAUAGCAUCUACACCUUAAAUAUUUAUUUAAAGCAACAACAAAACGCAUUGCGAAAAUUCACAAAAAAAAAAUAUUGAGCAGAGAAGUAAAUUACAAAAAGUUUUCUGUGACGAUGAAGAGCAAAUUUAAUUUGCUGCGCCAAAUCUGUUGAAACCAUUUAAUGAAGAUUAUAAAAAUAAUUUUUAAAAAAUCUAUAUACAUAUACGGAAAAAAUCUAAAAAAAAAAUAAUAAAACAAAAAAAAAACAAACCUUAUGAGCGUGUGUCGGUAACAAAGAGCAAAUAUUGUGAAAAUUAUGAAUUUCAAUUACUAAGAAACAAAAAAAAAUAUUGUAAAAAAAACAUUUAACAA